UCCACCAAUCACGUACUUGCGUUUUGCAUAACCUGCAACCGUUCCGUCUUUGUGUUGAUAUAUUCGGAGGAUUGAGAGUGUUUGAAUGGAUAUUACCAGGUGUACGGAGAAAUGGGAGAGGCCUCCAACAUCUUCCAUUAUGCUGUCUAGCAAGAAAUCAGAUGCAGGCUCCUCCUCCUCCUCCUCUUCAUCCUCUGGCGGGGCGGCGGGAGGUGAAAGGCCCUUGACUGCUGACGUCCAGAUCGGCCCGUCAGCCUCGGCUGCUGGACCGAUGGAUCCAAAGAAGAAGGAGAGAUCAUCUCCUAGCGGGGAGCCUGGAGGUCCCCCAUUCCCUCACCAGUCAAGUUCUGCAGCGGCAGAAGCUGAGGCGGCUGAAGUCCGUAGAACAAGUCGACGGAAGCGAGCAAAACAGGUGGAGUACCGCGAGAUGGACGAAAGCCUGGCUAAUUUAUCCGAGGACGAGUAUUACUCUGAGGAGGAGAGGAACGCCAAGGCGGAGAAGGAGAGGAAGCAGGUCAUCCCUCCUCCGCCUCCACCUCCUGAGGAGGAGAACGACAGCGAACCUGAAGAACCAUCGGGUUUGGAAGGAGCUGCUUUCCAGAGCCGCCUUCCUCAUGACAGAAUGACGUCCCAGGAAGCCGCCUGCUUCCCAGAUAUCAUCAGUGGUCCUCAGCAGACGCAGAAGGUCUUCCUGUACAUCCGUAACCGCACCAUCCAGCUGUGGCUGGACAACCCUAAGAUUCAGCUCACCUUCGAGGCUACUGUGCAGCAGCUCGAAGCUCCUUAUAACAGCGAUACGGUGCUGGUCCACCGGGUCCACAGUUAUUUAGAGAGGCACGGCCUCAUCAACUUCGGCAUUUACAAGAGAGUCAAGCCUUUACCCACAAAGAAGACUGGGAAGGUGAUCAUCAUCGGCGGAGGUGUGUCUGGCCUGGCUGCAGCCAGACAGCUGCAGAGUUUUGGGAUGGAUGUUACAGUACUAGAAGCCAGGGACCGUGUGGGAGGGCGAGUGGCCACGUUUAGAAAGGGAAACUAUGUGGCUGACCUGGGAGCCAUGGUAGUCACAGGACUGGGAGGGAAUCCCAUGGCUGUGGUCAGUAAGCAGGUUAACAUGGAGCUGGCUAAGAUCAAGCAGAAGUGUCCUCUGUAUGAGGCCAACGGUCAGGCUGGUGAACGGUGCACCAGUGUGCCUAAAGAAAAAGAUGAGAUGGUGGAGCAGGAGUUCAACCGGCUGCUUGAGGCCACCUCCUACCUCAGCCACCAGCUGGACUUCAACUUUCUCAACAACAAACCGGUUUCUCUGGGACAGGCCCUGGAGGUGGUCAUUCAACUGCAGGAGAAACACGUCAAAGACGAGCAGAUAGAACACUGGAAGAAGAUCGUAAAGACUCAGGAAGAGCUCCGAGAUCUUCUCAAUAAGAUGGUGUCCACCAAGGAACGUGUGAAGGAGCUCCAUCAGCAGUAUAAGGAAGCGAGCGAAGUCAAGCCCCCCAGGGAUAUCACUGCUGAGUUCCUGGUGAAGAGCAAGCACCGUGACCUCACAGCGCUCUGCAAAGAAUAUGAUGAGCUGGCAGAGAUGCAGGUGAAGCUGGAGGAGAAGCUGCAGGAGCUGGAGGCCAAUCCGCCCAGCGAUGUUUACCUUUCGUCCAGGGAUCGACAGAUCCUCGACUGGCACUUCGCCAACCUGGAGUUUGCAAACGCCACGCCCCUUUCCACCCUGUCUCUGAAGCACUGGGAUCAGGACGAUGACUUUGAGUUCACCGGCAGCCACCUGACGGUACGAAACGGUUACUCCUGCGUCCCCGUGGCGCUUGCUGAGGGUUUGGACAUCAAACUGAACACGGCGGUGCGACAGGUCCGAUACACGGCGUCUGGCUGCGAGGUGAUCGCCGUCAACACUCGCUCCACCACUCAGACGUACAUAUACAAGUGUGACGCCGUGCUCUGCACGCUGCCCCUCGGCGUGCUGAAGCAGCAGCCCCCUGCGGUCCAGUUUGUGCCCCCGCUGCCGGAGUGGAAGACGUCCGCCAUUCAGAGGAUGGGCUUCGGAAACCUCAACAAGGUGGUGCUUUGCUUCGACCGGGUCUUCUGGGAUCCCAGCGUGAACCUGUUUGGUCACGUUGGCUCCACCACCGCAAGCAGAGGCGAACUCUUCCUCUUCUGGAAUCUCUAUAAAGCUCCCAUCCUGCUCGCUCUCAUGGCCGGUGAGGCGGCGGGCAUCAUGGAGAACAUCAGCGAUGAUGUCAUCGUCGGCCGGUGCCUUGCCAUUCUUAAAGGAAUAUUUGGAAGCAGCGCUGUUCCUCAGCCCAAGGAGACGGUGGUGACUCGAUGGCGUGCCGACCCCUGGGCGAGGGGCUCCUACUCGUACGUGGCAGCAGGUUCUUCGGGUAACGACUAUGACCUGAUGGCUCAGCCCAUCACACCUGGCCCAGCGAUCCCCGGAGCCUCACAGCCCGUCCCCAGAUUGUUCUUCGCCGGCGAGCACACGAUCAGAAACUACCCGGCUACCGUCCACGGCGCCCUGCUCAGCGGUCUGCGCGAAGCCGGCCGCAUCGCCGACCAGUUCCUGGGCGCCAUGUACACGCUCCCCAGACAGGCCACGCCCACAGCAGCCAGCAACCCACAGCAAGCACAGCCCGCCGCCGCCACCGUCUGAGGGGGGGGCAGGGGGGUCCGGUCCGAACAUUAACGACAUUGCAUCAGUUUGGUUUCUUUACUGGAAUGGUUCACCUGGGGUGUUGGGAUUAUCAGAUAAUCUGCAAUUAUAAGAGAGACAGACUUACUUUUUCAGAAGAUGGAUUUAAAAAAAAACAAAGUGAAAAGAUUAAAAGAUAUUUCAUUGAUUUGGAUUCAGUU